AUUGGGACAUCCCCCCAAAAAACAAAGAAAUCAGUUCACACACAGAAGGGAAGAAAAAGCGUAAAAGAGAGAGAGAGAGAGAGAGAGAGAGAGAGAAAGCGGAAAGCGGCCACACAGACUCAGAGGGAAGCCCCCGUGAGCAGCUCCACGCAUGCUAACUCCGGAAAAAUACAACAAAACUAGCCAUGCAUUCAGUCGGCAGGUCGUGGCUGCUGCUUACCGGCUUCGUGCUGUUUUAUGUCAUCUACCUGCUCUUCGGAGCGCUCGUUUUCUCCAGCGUCGAGCGGCCGGUGGAGGACAAGCUGCGGCAGGACGUGGAAGCCCUGAAGCGCGAGUUCCUGAACCAGAGCUGCGUCAACGCCGCGUCGCUCGAGCGCUUUCUGCUCAAAGUGCUGGCGGCCAACAAGUACGGGGUCUCCGUCCUCAGGAACGCCUCCGUCGCCUCCAACUGGGACCUGGCGUCCUCCAUGUUCUUCGCCAACACUCUGGUCACCACCGUCGGUUACGGUCACACCACUCCCCUGUCGGACACGGGAAAGGCCUUCUCCAUCCUCUACGCCCUGAUCGGAGUCCCCUUCACCAUGCUGGUGCUCACCGCCUGUGUCCAGAGGAUCAUGCACCCUCUGGUCCUCGCUCCUGUCGGCCUCCUGCAGCGCCGCGGCAUGCAGCCUCGGCCGGCCACCGUCGUGCACUUCGUGCUGCUGCUGGCCGUGGUGGUGCUGUGCUUCUUUGUGAUGCCGGCGGCCAUCUUCAGCGUGCUGGAGCCGUCCUGGUCAUUCUUGGAUGGUAUCUACUUCUGCUUUAUCUCGCUGUGCACCAUCGGUCUGGGAGAUUUCGUUCCGGCGACACAGCCCCGACAGAAGUACCGGCAGCUGUACCAGGUCUCCGUCAUGGUCUACCUGUUCGUGGGUUUGAUGAUGAUGUUCCUCCUGCUGCGCACCAUCCACAAAAUGGCCGACCUGCACGGCCUGACCACCUUCUUGCAGCUGCCGCGCUGCGAGGAGUCUGACCUGGACGACGCCCGGAAGCCCAUUGUGGAGGACAGACACGAGGCUCAGACGCCCCCUUUCCUCACGGAGAAAGAGGCCAGCAAGCCCCUGGAGCCCGGAUCGCAGCCCUCAUACAACACCAUCAACACAGGCUGAGCUGUGGGUGGGGGCGAGGAGGAGGAGGAGGAGGAGGAGGAGGAGGAGCUUCUUUUUAUGUUUCACGUCAGCACAUCAUGAGGAAAGCACCUCCACACUAUAGCCUGGGUUGGCCUUCACCACUUGAAUUCAUCUUCAUAAGCAUGAAUGAUCACAACUGCAGUGAAUCUGGAAAAACCGCAUCAUCAGAGUGAGGUCAAAUGUGGACCGUUUAAAACUCCAGGGAUGUGUUUGGAUUUCCUGUGUAAAAGCAGCUACUUGCCUGGGCCUGGGUCAGCCUUGAAGACUACAGAAACCAGAGACCAGCACUGGGUUUGCCUCAGGACACAGGGCCCAUGGCUGCUCUCCUUUUACAGUGCUGCCCCCUGGUGUUACUACAUGUAACGACACCUCCAAAAGACUGAUUAAAAACAGGGUCAAAGGGUUGGAACAGGAUCAAGGAAGAGACAAAAGACUGUAAAUAAUAAGUGUUUCAUUGCGGUGAGUGAGGAAGUGAUUAUUUUCAAUGCAAAAAGCACACGUUACUUGUCAAACAUGGCACGUUAUGGGUCAGGAACACUUGAAAUGCACUUUAACAUUCACAGCAGUUCUUUUUCUUUUACCAUCGGAAGUUGUAGUUGAAUGAGUAGUCUUAUUAUAUCCUGAUACUGUAAAAAUAAGUUGUUGGUAUUUAUGUUUUUUGUAGUUUAGUUCUAUCGGUUUAACAUAUUUUCACAUUGGACAACUAUGAAUUAAAAAAAACUAUUAUUAUUAUUA